UGUAGCUACGCUGACAUCAUGUCUCUUCUGUUCUAUAUAACAGUGUUUGCUGUGGUGCUUCGGGUAAAUGGAGAAGGCAUACGAGAGACCAAGAACUCCACUGAUAUGGGAAGCGUGAUCAUCAAAGACGGGAGAGAAGAAGACACAUCCUUUCUCCAGCUACGUGACAUUAAGAGUCAAGCGCGAAAGCUCGUCAUCAAAAAACUAGUACAGUCAUGCCCAACUCCAGAGACUUGUAGAGAUGUGGUUAGCUCUCAGCCCAGACCUGUGGUCAUCCUGUCAAGUGGACUUGAGGUGAUGUGUGACACACAGACAGACGGAGGAGGAUGGACGGUGAUUCAAAGAAGAUUCAACGGACAAACAAAUUUCUAUCGUGGCUGGGAAGAAUACAAAUAUGGGUUUGGAGAUUUCGAUGUAGGAGAAUUUUGGCUGGGCAACGACAACAUACACCGUCUGACGUCACUUAGGCGAUACGAGCUGAGGGUCGAUUUUAAAUUUAACAACACGGACUACUUCGCGCAAUAUUCAAGCUUUCGUGUGUAUGGAGAGCAGGAAAGAUAUAGGUUAAAGGUCAGCGGUUACUUGGGAACCGCAGGAGAUAGUCUGACUGACAAACACAACAACCUGACGUUCUCAACAUUCGACAAGGACAAUGAUUUAUACUACGGAAACUGUGCACAGAUUUUUCACGGGGCCUGGUGGUACUGCGCCUGUCACCACGUCAAUUUGAACGGACUUUGGGGGAGCACUGAAUUCGGGAAGGGAGUUAUCUGGAAAUUAAAGACAAAUCUAUAUGCAUCUGCUACUUUCACAGAGAUGAAAAUACGACCAAUUGAAUAAAAUAAUCUAACAUUUUAAAUAAAGAAAACCCUUGGAAAUUUAAAA